AUGAUCGACGCUAUUGGAAUAGUUAGCGGCGUUCUUGGUAUUGUCGGGUUCAUUCAAGGCCAAAUUCCGGAGAAACCUACUGAAGGUGUUGCUAUCAGGAUCAAGGCUGGAAGCGGCGGCACAGACGAUGGAGGCUCUGGUGGUGAAGUCUCAGCUGCUUAUGCGUGGGACUUCGAUAACAACUAUCUGGGUAGAGUUGAAGGCGGCUCCAUGGAGCAGGGAGGGGUAGUCGACACAGUGAUCGAAUCUUUCUCUAACGCCGCUCGCGCCGAGUAUAUCGGCAUCUCAGUUGCCAAGGACGCCGUCUGUGUUGCCUGGAUCGGUGUAAGCCAAUAUGACAAUAUUGCCGGUGGUGUUUGGACUGGUGAUAUCGGCUAUGAAUGUGGUCAGGCUUGGUACGCUAACAGAGAGAUGGCCGGAUACCUAGACGAAGAUGAGAAGGAAGAGUACUUUCCGAGGUGCACUUGGCUUGACGCAGGCCUCAAAGAAGGUACUAAGAGUGCUUCUAUGAAGUUCUAUACAAGCGCGUAUGGUGAAAAGGUGAAGGAUACUGUGGACAACAAGGAUGCGUGCGAUUACACGCUUUGGGGCGAAGACGAUGCUCCCAUAUCCAGUGCUCCAGGAAAACGCGCCAACCGCCCUCGACGCGCUUGGAUGAAAAACAAGCUCGUCGUCUCGAACCUCAAACAGCACAAAGCAGAAGAUCUUUGCUCAUCUGACACAUCCUGGGGUCCUGACUUUAUUGGCACAGAUGGACAGUUUUGCGAUAUGGGCACCAAAAGUUUGACUCCUCUCUGCUCGACCAAGGAUGUUGAUGGUUGCAUCAUGAUUGAUGACGAUAACAAGACACUCACCAGGCGAUCUCGAGUUGUAAAGCGCGAGACCCACAUUGCUCAUAAGACCUACAAGGCUAUUGACCAGUGGGAGUCGGAUAAAUAA